AACGCGUCCAGGUGGGUUUGGAAUGUCUCCAGAGAGAGGGAGACUCAGCGACGUCCCUGGGCAGCCUGUUCCAGAGCUCUGCCACCCUCAACGCCAAGUUCUUCCUCAUGUUUUUUCCCUAGGGUGGACGCUCCGCAGCUCCCGAGCUAAUGGACGUGGAUUAGAAAGGAUAUGUCCUUACUGCUUCCAGUUCCUGGUUCCUGACAGCUACCGGGUGCGUCUCAAACCAAAGAUGAAAGUGUCUCCACAGAUAGAGAAAGUUCUUAAGCGAGAGGCGAAGAACCAUAAACUUAACAUGAAACAGACAAAGCUUUUGAAAAAGUACAGGGAGUCAAGCAGCGUUCUGCUAGUUACUUGCAAAUCAUGCAACAAAACAACAAGACAUUAUGGUAAAAGCAGGGAUUUUCUGUCAACCAAGACACAAAAUUCUGGCACUCCAAUUAUUAAAUCUAGCCUCAAGACACCAGAUGUAAAAAUUCCAUCUUCAAAGAAAAUUACACCUGUAAGCUCCAGUAGGUCGGGAUCUAAAGGGAACGGUCCCUCAACACUUCCCAGAACAUGUGAUUCUGGACAGGCAACAACCAACUCUGCUUCCAAGACUCCCCGAAACUCCAAAUUUCACUUUUCUAAGCUAAAACGGAUGCUCAACCUAGAAGAAAAAGAGAGAAGCCAGAAGGCAGAUUUCAAGACCUUCUUGACUUUACUUUAGUUCUGUAUUAUUUCAAAGUAAUAAAGAUUACAGCAAUAAA